AUGGCUUCUUCUUCUUCUUCUCUGCAGAGACUCCUCAGAAGAUCACUCUCUGCAAGGGUCGCCUCCACUUUACGCCAACUCCAAACGCCCCCGCCGCCGCCGCUUUCCCCCCUCUACCAACCCCACUUGAUCGACGGGUUGCCGUCGGAAAUCCCUCUCUUGGACCCUCUCUGGGGUUUACCCAAGAUAACGGAGAAUGCGACGCGACCUCGAGUCCCUCCACCGGCUUUCCCGUCCUAUCCCUUCGGGCUCUAUUUAGGACCGAUCCCGUCGGGUUCUUCUGUCGAAAGCGAAGAGGAAGCGGUGGAUUCGAGCGAUGCGAAUGGUGUGUGGGCCGAUAGCGUGAAGAAGAAGAGGAAGAGGAAGAUGAACAAACACAAGUAUAAGAAGCUCAGGAAGCGGCUUAGGAGGCAGACCUAG